GAAAGCAAGCAAACGGCAUUUCUAGCUAAUCCUCUCAAAUUAAACUCUACAAAGUAUAAAUCGCUUCAAUAUCCUACUCUUGUUAUUGAGUAGCCUUCUAAUUGGUGUUGGAUAAACCCUCGUCAUGUUUGUGCUACCGCCUCCGCCUAGGUAUCCUACGCAGGCAGCGUAUAAUGCCGCUGUUGCUGCCGGCCAUGCCACGCCCAUGAUCGAGACGAACAAUAUCUUAUCUAACCCCGAAGACCAAUUCAUAGCCGGAGAGGGAACAUAUGUGCUUAAAGAAGAUCUUCUCCUUGCGACUCCGCCACCUCAUCCGUCGGAAGCCCCAGUUGUUAACCCCAACCCGUUAGCGACGACACCACAGCCAGCUACAACUGGGACCAAGAUCUCUCUCCUCAGCUUGGAAUCCCGGCCACCACCGCCGGCUCUUUUCAAGUUAACCCCGACGACAACUACAUUGUCACCGAGCAUCGCCGAACACCCGAGCGAAGGGCGCUAUUCAAAUGACGCGAAGCUAAGUAGCGAUGGCGAAGGAAGGGGUACAUCGAUGAGCGAGGGGGGCCCAUCUACUUCGGCUACAGCAAUUUCUGCACCAGCAUUCGGCGAUGGCAAUGCUCUACUCGUGCCGGAGAGGACUAAGGACCCCAAUAAGCGACGAAAACCCAAGAAUAACAUGACUAAGAGUAAUUCGUCCUUCAUCUCGCGGGUUAUUAUUAAUGAGGCUUUCUCAAAAAAGCUCGCAGAUCGGCCGAGCGAUGGGCUGUUUGCUUUUGCCAAUAUUAAUCGGGCUUUUCAGUGGCUCGAUCUGUCAUCUCCUACGAAAGCCGAUUAUCUAACUAAGAUUUUGUUUACAAAAGCCCAUUGCUUAAGUCAUGAUGUUAAUCUGGUGACGAAGAGUUCGAGCCAUGUUGAUCUUAUCAUGGGUUUCUCAACAGGCGAGAUCAUAUGGUGGGAGCCUAUGUCUCAGCGAUAUACAAGACUGAAUAAGAAUGGUGUUAUCAACAAGACGCCAGUCUCUCAAAUCCGCUGGAUCCCCGGGGCAGAAAACUUAUUCCUUGCAGCGCAUGUGGAUGGGUCUCUAGUUGUUUAUGACAAAGAAAAAGAGGAUGCAAUCUUCAAUCCUGAGGAGGAGGAGACUAAGUCUAAUGGAGAGGUCGCGGCUCCCAAGGUUGUUAAUCAUUACAAAGCGAUCAACGUGUUGAAGUCGGUGCAUUCUAAGAACCAGAAGAGUAAUCCAGUAGCUGUUUGGAAACUGUCAAACCAGCGGAUCAACGACUUCCAAUUUUCCCCUGACAACCGUCACCUCGCAGUUGUAUCGGAAGAUGGCACGCUCCGCAUCAUUGACUAUCUCAAGGAAGAGCUUCUUGGGGUGUACAAUUCGUAUUAUGGCGGUUUUACGUGCGUGUGCUGGUCGCCAGACGGAAAAUAUGUUCUCACCGGAGGGCAAGACGACCUGAUCUCGAUCUGGUGUCCCUCAGAAACGUCACUCAUUGCACGAUGUCAAGGUCAUCAGUCAUGGGUUACAUCUGUUGCCUUUGAUCCCUGGAGAUGUGACGAGCGAAACUACCGCUUUGGUAGCGUAGGUGAAGAUUGCCGAUUAUGUCUCUGGGAUUUUAAUGUCGGGAUGUUGCAUAAACCGAAAGCAACAACUAACCGGCAGCGUGGUUCUAUCUCGUCUCGACUUCCCGUGUUACAGCGCGCCGAGACCCAAGGGACAUCGGCUAGUAGAUUACGUUCGGAUUCCGUCGUCUCGGGGCCAGGCUUGGAAGAAAGCACGAUAGACCACCCCGUUGAGCCGCGAUCAAGAACGGCGAUACUCCCACCUGUGCUGACCAAAAUAGCUAAUAAACAUCCACUAAGCUGGAUAGAGUUCACCGAAGACGCUAUUAUGACGAGCUGUAAGACAGGUCACAUAAGAACUUGGAGUCGACCAUCGGACUCUAUAACUCAAGCCGAAAUGUAAUAUAUAAAGGAGAAAGCACAAGGUUACUUAACUCCGAUCAAAAAUAAACCUAGCCAACUUUUGGCAUGUAUUCGUUCAAUCAAACGAUGGCAAGUGGCAGCUUCGAAACGGAAACGUGCAUUGCUAUUAGUCACAGACAAGCGCGAUUUCGUAUAAGUAUCAAGGAAGAAGAAAAAAAAAACUCUUCAAACUGCAUAUGGGGCGAUGUUACGACAGAAGGCACCAACAAAACGUCAAAAUCUGCAUCCUGCCGCCUCCCGUCCGGAAGACAGGCGCGGUGGCUUUUCGGUGUAAGUGUGGGACCCCGGCAGUUCUCAAACAGGGAAUGGGAUAGGUGAUCGAGUCAAAAAUCAAACAUACUGGAUCUUUCAUGGUGCGUAUAAAA